GUACGAUAUUGAGCGCAAUUAGAAUUUAAUUCUGAGAAACUGAAUUCCGGUCCUUAAUACAAACACUCCCGAAGUCGCCCUUUCGCCCUUCUCGGGUGAUGUAUAUCCGUCAAACCUGACUAUCCCCCCUCCUCCCUUUUUGCGAUCAGCCUCAAUGGCCCGCGGGAAUACCCGAUGGAAAGAGCAGAACUAGGAGAAGAAGAAGGGUCACAGUCUCCAACAAAAAAACGGCGAAGGAUGUAGAUCCAGUCACGCCAAACAUGUGGAAGGCCGCAUGCGGCUGGGAAAGAAUGGGAACGUUGUGGCUCAUGAUCUAUGACGAUUAUGACAACUCCUGGAUAGCUGGCAUCCCCGACCACCUAGCAGCCGACAUGCGCAGAACCCCCCAGUUAGUGGUCCCAAGCAGGAAACAACCUCCAACGAGAAGGAAUACAGGUAUGUUUGGCUUGAUCGGGGUCAACAAAAGGACCGCGAAGACCCCCAGACAGGAGGCAAGUACCGCGCAUAGCGACAUCAUGAAGAGAUUUGAGCUAUUUCGGCCCUCUCUGUCGACCACCUUCUCCAGUUUUCCUGCGCGGAAAGUGUUCAGCGCCAGACGUGCUACCACGCGCCGCGAAGCUUCGGAAAGAAGCUGCGGGAGUUCCGGUGGUCCGAGUCGUGCGUGGCUUUGAGAAUAACGUUCCCGCUUGACGUUCAGCCCUUGGUGUUCAGAUGGGCCAGGUGAGGCAGGGGUCUCAUCGAAGACAGUAAGGGCAUUUCCCCAAUCGGUUUGUCACACAUCCCGAGGCAUCUCGGUGAUAGACUUUUCAAUUGGGGGAGUGCCAUACUCAGGAGCCGCAUAUCGCCCGCGACUUGGACUAUGUAAGACACUAAAAAACAGCCCCAGCGAAGGAAGCUAGGCCAAGGGUUCAGACCAUGAAUCUGUACAUCCUCAAUGUUGAUCAACUCUUUUAAUCCAACCAUUUCUUUUAAUUUCAAUGAGUCAUCCACAGUCCAACUAGG